ACGAUCAGUAUUGCAAUGGCAGUAUUGUGCGAAUGACCUGUACUGGCAACCAGAUUUUUCUGAUUAAACACAGGAAUAAUUUCAAUUUAUGUUUAAUUCACUCUGCUGAUUUUUAAAUCAGUUCAUCAAAUGGAAUAAUAUAUUGAUAUAUUUUUAUAAAGUCAUGCAAAUAAGUUGUCAUUGUACACUGAUAUUUGGAUUAUAGGGCAAUUUUCAACAUCGAAGGAACUGUCAUUGAUUCGCUCAUCGCGCUUAGAGUCAUUCGCUGCGCCUUGUCGACGACGACUGGUGUGGCCCUCCUCCCCAAUCUAGGGAGUGACUACUAAACUUCAGAUAGAUUUGUUGGAAUAAAUACGAUGUAAAUUACUUGUAGCAGGAAUUUAUCAACUAUGAGUGGAAGACCAAGAACAACGUCAUUUGCAGAUGCUAAUAAAGCUGGAAGUUCUUCAUAUGGAGGAUAUAAAAUUUCACAUAAGGAUGGUAGUAAGGUAACCCACGUAGUGGCCACAGCAGGCCCUCAUCCAGACCGUGUAGUAGAUAUUGCAUACACAGACACAAAGGUCAUAGGUAAUGGGUCAUUUGGUGUCGUCUACCAAGCCAAAUUAGUAGAUGGAGGGGAUCUGGUAGCUAUAAAGAAAGUACUUCAAGAUAAGCGUUUUAAGAAUCGAGAAUUGCAAAUAAUGAGGCGAUUAGAACAUUGUAAUAUUGUUAAACUACGGUACUUCUUCUAUUCCACUGGUGAAAAGAAGGAUGAAGUUUAUCUCAACUUAGUAUUGGAGUAUAUACCAGAGACAGUGUACCGUGUUGCUAGACAUUAUAGCAAGAGUAAACAAACCAUACCAUUUUUAUAUGUAAAGUUGUAUAUGUACCAGUUAUUCAGAAGUUUAGCUUAUAUCCACUCAUUGGGUAUCUGUCAUAGGGACAUUAAACCUCAGAACUUGCUACUAGAUCCAGAUUCAGGAAUUCUUAAACUCUGUGAUUUUGGAAGUGCAAAGCAACUACAGCCUGGGGAGCCUAAUGUGUCUUACAUAUGCUCACGCUACUACCGUGCCCCAGAACUCAUAUUCGGUGCUACAGAUUACACUUGCAAUAUAGAUGUGUGGUCAGCCGGAUGUGUUUUAGCGGAAUUGUUGCUAGGCCAACCAAUAUUCCCAGGGGAAAGUGGUGUGGAUCAGCUGGUGGAGAUAAUCAAAGUGUUAGGUACUCCAUCUAGGGAACAGAUAAAAGAAAUGAACCCUAACUAUACAGAAUUCAAGUUCCCACAAAUUAAACCUCAUCCAUGGAAUAAGGUAUUUCGAGCUAGGACACCUCCAGAUGCGAUAAGCCUGUGUGCCAAGCUUUUAGAGUACACACCAUCAUCCCGAGUCACGCCAUUAGAUGCAUGCGCACAUCAGUUCUUUAACGAACUGCGUGAACCCACCACAAGGUUGCCAAACAAUAGAGACUUACCCAUGCUGUUUAAUUUCACUGCCCAAGAAUUAAAGAUUAAACCGCAACUGAACUCGAUCCUUAUACCCUCACACUACAAGUCUGGGAAGGGAGAUAUAGGUUCAUCCGAUAGGCCAUCGGUCGGUGCAGGAGAGUCAACUAGUUCGGCUCAGGGAGCAUCUGGCAGCACUUAACCCACGUAUACUGCUGACGACCAUGGACGCUGCCUCAGGGAAUGUAAAGAAGGAACUGGAUAACACAGCAGCUUUUACUUGGGUCUGCUCAAAUAAAAAUAGAUACGAUGGCAUACGAUAUGUUUGUUGUACAAAUACUGUAGUAUUCAGUCGAAAAAUUAAUACUUAUUUCUACCCAAUUGUUAAUUAAUGAAUGAAUUAAAUGACUACCCUGAUGCCACUUGGAUGAACCAUUUGGACUGAGAAUUGCAAAAACAGAUAAAUUGUGAACUUUGUUUAUUUGAAUAUAUAACAACAAUUUUUGAUCUUGCAAACUUGUAUAUAUGUUUUUAGUUUCAUAUACUGUGUUCAUUUAUCUGGUUAUUUCUUUAAACCCCUUUUUGUUCUCCAACCCUAGAUUUAUGUACAGAUUGAGAUGUGCUUAUUGUUAUUUUAUUUCUUGUAAUUGUUUCUAAUAGUGUACAAAAUUCAAAAAUCUGGGGUGUAGCACAAAAAGGCAAAUUAACUUGAACUGGGGCCCUUGAAGUAAGCAGUCAUGAGACCUGUAUCAUAGCAACAGUACUGUUGCAUAUUCAUUUAUUUAAAAUGAAAGUGGUGACCUUUGCACUUUCAGGUCCUGAGCCUGAACUAUAAAAUACAAGGUGGCAUUACAUAGUUAUAAGGGUUGUUAGGAUUAUUUUUAUUGAUCUUUCUAAUAUCUAAUCAAUUUAACCAAAAGCAUAUCUGUUAUCAAUGACAUCACUAAUACGUUUCCAUUUUGAGCAUGAAUAUACCAUAUUUAUAAAUAUGUAAAUCAGUUCAUUAUAAUUAUAUGUACUAUUGUCAGUGAAUUUACAUACUCGGCAAGAUCGCUUAUGCAUGUUUGGUUUUAGUAUUAUGUUUGGUUGCCAAUGUUCAGUCGUGAAUGCCAUUGAAUUUCAGCAACUCCCUCAUUGAAUUUCACCGUUGAAGAUAUAUACAGUUUUAUCAUAAUUUAUUGCUUUAUAAAUGAAGAUAAAUAAAUUAAAUAUUCUUAAUCCUUUGAUUAACUUAAGGAAUUUUAAGAAUUCAUUGUCAAUUAUUAAUUAUUCAAGAGGGAAAAGGCAUUACCCCUGAACUUGUUGUUUGAUACAGUAUAUAAUGAAUUAUAUUAGUCAUGUGAUACAUGUAAACCAAUCAGAGAUGUUGAAGUCAGUGGCUUAUGCUAAAAGAUUCUUAAUUACUAAUGGUAUUAUAAUUAUUGUUGUUUAUUGUUAUUGUUAUAAUUAUUAUCAUUAUUAUUGUCUAUUAUUAUAUUUUUAUUAUUAAGGGAAUGCAAGAUAUGCCUGUGAGAUGGUGAAUGAUGAUUUGGUCUUCUAAACAGUUUUUAUCUUCGUCUGUGUAUUGUAUUGUUCAGGGAUUUGAAUUCUUUUAUUUUAAUUAUUGUUGAUUUGUUAAUCUAUACAAAUUAUCCAGUCAUCAUUAUUAUUAUUAUUAAUUUAUCGUUAUUAUAAUUAUUAUUAUUAUUAUUAUUAUUAUUAUUAUUAUUAUUGUUGUUGUUGUUAUUGUUACAGCUACAGUUGCUAUUAUUGUUGGUAGCCUUGUACCAGAUUCAUGCAUAGAUGUACAAAAAUCUUGCAGAUUGUAACAUAAUGUUUACAGAGAUACCAAUGUGUUUGGUAUAAAUAUUUUUAAUUGAAUCGAAUGCGAUUAUGCAUCAGCAUAAAACUCAUGUCAUCUUGAGAACUUUAGAACUUUAGAAGCAUCUACAAGGCCUGUAAAGUUCCCAAGAUGUCUCAAGAUAUUGUCUGCACAUGCUCAAGUAUUUAAAUUAUCAAAGAGUUUUGGCCAUUGGAGACAUAAUUUUUUUUUUUUUUUUUUUUUUUUAGAUUCUAUUCCAAAGUAGUGAAUCGACAUUGAGCCCACUGUUGAGGCGUAUCAUAUGGUAUCUGUAAUUUGUAUUGUAACCCGGGACAUGCAGAUAGCUCUUCCAUAGAGCCUGCAGUAGGCUAGGCUAGCCUACUGCAGGCUGCUACAGAGUCUAGCAUGGUCUGAGAAUCUGAUAUGAGGCUUGUUUUUCACUAGGUAAUAUUUACUAUGCCUGAGUACAUAGUAAUAGUUAAUAUAGAGUAGUACUAGACAAAUACAAUUAGGGGAUAUUGAUAAUCUAGACAGAGCCUUUGAUUAAAAGGUUGUGGGAUUACGAUGAUUCUUGUUAAAAAUAUCUUGGGAGUUAUUCCUGCUGCGAUCUUGGGAGUUAUUCCCGCUACGAUCUUGGGAGUUAUUCCCGCUACAUUUGUUACCUCUGAUUUAUGUGUGAAUCUGGUACUUCUGCUAUCAUCCUUUAUUUCUGUAAAUUUUAAUCUGUAUUUUGUUGGUUAUCACAAGGGUUUUUUGUGGUGCCAUUUUUCAUAGGAUUAAGAAAUCUAAUAAGGAGGAUUAGCUAAUAUAGAAUAAAUCUUAGAAUAUAUGUUGGGUCCUGUAAUUCUAAGGACCAUGUUUUAUGAGUUGGAAUAAUUUCUAAUUAGAUUGUUCUUUUAGCUAAUGUAUAAGUUUUAUUUUUCUUCAGAUUAGGGAUUAUCCUGUUGAUUUAAAAAUACAGUAAUUGCUUUUAUUCUCUAACCUGGGAUUGUCUGUAGAUAUUGAAAUGUCAAAAUGUUAAGAAAUAAUAUGACUCCAUAUAAAGUGAUUUUUAUCCUUAGUUUCAGAUAUUAAUCUGCUAAAUUUAUAUCUGAAUAUUAAGGAUUGUCAUCUGAUUUAAAGAGAUUUAUUUCUUGAUUUAUCGUUAAUGACUUUAAAAACCACAUCAUGAGUAAAUUAUUUUUGGAAUGAUUUUAUGGCAAAGACCAAGCAAAUGCAUCUAAGGUUGAUCUUGGUGCAGGGCAAAUAUCGGUGUGUAAAAAGAUAGCAAAUCCUAUGCUUUUCUCUAACAGUACAAAUCUUCAUCUUGAUUUGAAUUCAAACAUUUUGAGACAUUUUAAUUGCUUCUACCAAGAAUUUGUUUCAAGAGGAAAGACUUAAAUGCUGCCUUUAGGGUAUAAAAACCAGAAAAAUGUUUGCUAUGGUACCAACAAAUAGCCACUUUUUGUGGUUUAAUGGGCAACAUAAUGUAAAUUUACCAUGGUAUUAAUCAUUACCUUAGCUUAACAAGAGCAUGAUACAUUAGCAAAUUUAACAUUACCAUGGUGUUAUGGGUGAUUCAUGAAGGCUGAGCCAUUAUUAUAGGCAUAAAUGCAGAUCAUUAUAAUCCAAAUGGGAACCUCACUGGGGUGCCAUAGCAAAGUAAAUUAUUCCUUUUGUACAAAAAUAUAAAUCCCAGCUGGUUUUAUUGCUCUAUCUUAAUGUAUAAAAUGAAACAAUUUUUCAGCCGUUUAUUGUAAUGUUUGUAAAUAGAGGUUUUAAUAAUAAGUUCUCGUGAUGGUGUGAUUUUAGAUUUGAAGGCCGCACAUUUAUAGUUAUUGUUUGUGAG